UAUGCAUUCAUCCCCCGACACAGCUUUACCCUCUCGAUAGACCAUAUCACUCGCGGCCGCCUGGUUCUACAUGUCUCCGAUGUGGCGAUGGCAGUCGACCCUUUAUCCCCGAUCGCGCCUGCGCGCAUUAGGGCCCUUCUCCUCCCCGUGGGUCGCAUCAAGCGUUCGAGCUUUUUAGUCUAUGUCGACCUCCUACAGCAACAAUCACUUGUUCGACUGGGAGACGUCAGCCCCGAUCCUCGGCCUGACAGGAAUAUGUUUUCUCCCUUAGCAUUUCCACGUGGAACGCUCCUAUAUGACUUGUCGACAUCUUUACCUUCGGCAUCUCACUUGUCAUUGUCGCCCUUUGAACAGUUCAGGGAGCCUCUUCUUGUGAUCGGUAUUGGAGAUGCAUCAGAAUAUGCAUGGCUAGAGCCGUCACGUGGGUCAGAUGGAGUCCCAAACGGCAUGUUUGGCGAGCCAUCUCCUGAGGACGAGGAAGCGACUACAAUACAGUCCUCUAUUGAUGACCUCCGGGAGCAGUUUCCAAGGGCGUACCUCCAUAGUCUCAUGAUGUUCGAAUCACCCCAAGCCCGACAUCCUCUUCUGCCCCAAGAGACAUUGUUGAUUCCUCCGAAGUCUCGGCUGAAGACUACGACGAUGAAGACAUUCAUGUGCGAUCUCACUGCCACUCUCCUGGCAGAGAUGACCACGCUAGCAAAAUCAAUACAAGCUUUACCAACCGUGGUCUCACCUGCUUCACAAAAUGGCACGGCAGAAAAUACACCGAGUUGGGCAAAUUCGGAUUUCACCGCAUCGCCAUUUACACGACGUAAUUCGCAAGCGCCAAGCACUAGCAGGCCAGAGUCACCUAUACCAAACACCCAGAAGGAUAAUUAUCGCAUGUCUAUGCCUGUACUACCGUCAAGCUCAGGAGGGCCGUUAACUCCGGAGGACUCGAGGGCUGCUUCACCAAACACUCAAGGCACACGAACGCCGCCGACGACGUUUGAUGAUAUAUCUGGCAUCAACGCGGCAAGCACUCUGCAUCGAACAAACAGCAACACAUCCAGGCCUCCUACGGCAACUAAAGAUCUAGCAGCUGAUCGAGUUUCAAUCCACGGGUUUGGCUCUGGAGGAGUGGGUGAACGGGCGCGGAACAAGGGCCGCGGUCGCAUUAGCAUUGUGAUUGGCGCACUGUAUAUGUGUGCAGGACAAUGGCAUGAGGCAAUAAGAGAGCUCACGGAAGGUGGGACAAGAGCUCGUGCUUUCAGCGACCACUUGUGGCACGCCAAGGCUCUCGAGCACAUCAUGGUUUGUAUGCUGUUGUUUGCGUGGUCAGGCAUGGAUUUUCAGAUACCCCAAAUAUGCCAACCAAUAUCAGAUAAGACAACGAACAGCAAAUCACCUCAACACACACCUCAACAUACACCGUCGAGCAGUACUGCAGACGUUUCUGCGCCUGCAAGAUCUUCCAGUAAUGAUGCUGCACUUGAGAGGCUCAACUCUCUUCUUCCCGACCUUGUCAACAUGAUACUAAACCUGUAUUCCCGUGCGGCAAACUUCGCUGGCGAAUCUUUACCGCCAUUAGCCUUUUCUCAGUGCAUCAUACGAUUUUCAAAACUUUUGACUGCGGUGAACCUAGCAGCUGGAUAUCUUGAUGAGGAUGCAUUGCAAAGUCUUGUCCGAAACACACCAUAUAAACAGAAACCGAGACUUUCUGCCCCGAGACUCAGCGUUCACCCUACGAGAAAUGACAUAGCGUCGAUGCUCUUCCGUGCGUUACCUGGUCCUGUGGAUGCUUCUGGUAUGAAACCCACAGACCGAGUGGUGGUGCUUGCCGGCGUCGCAUCCGUUUUAGCUUCCUUGGGGCUGCAAAGAAAGAAAGCUAUUGUCAUGAAAGAAUUCAUCACUUCCCUUAUCCCAGGUCUUGUUCAGGCUCGGAAAGUUGGGGCUGCAGAAAUGGGCGUCCAUCCAGCCGCUGGCCUAGCUGCCCUGAACGUAGCAGGGGGCAUCAACCCGGGUGUGGGCGCUCUCAGCCUUGGCGAGAGUGAGGUUGAGAACGGCAUCGAUGAGUUCUUAGGCCUAUUUGGAAAGAUAUACGGAAUUCCGCACUCGAGAGACACCAUACCGGGUGUGGCCCUAUCAAAUCCUGGAGAGCACAGUGCAGAUAGUGUAUUGGACGGUGCGAGUCAGGGUGUUGUAGAUGCCAUUCUCAGGAUAUCGUCUUUGCGGGCGUUCGGAAGUCUCGGUCUUAAGCUCGAGGUCCUUCGCAUGUGCCUCAACUUCUGUGAAGCCUUACCAGACUUUAACGGUGUUCUUCACUUCACCGCCUCGCUGUUGCGUGUAGCAGGCCCUGGAACCGCGCCAAGGCCCAACAGCACUGAUGUUUUCGUAUCUCUCCCACGAGAAGAACAAGCGCGGCUUUACUCAAAUAUCACUCGAACAGUAACUGCAUCGAAGAAGCUCGGUCUGCAUCUUGUGGAGACUGAGUAUUGGGACGACUUCCUGGUUCGUGGGCUGUUCAUACUGGAAGAAUCGGCACCCUUGCACUUGACUCUCCAUCGCCCGGUGGAACUGAAGUCGACAGCUACAGAUAAGGAGGGGCCAUUUCUCCAUAAUUCUUGGCUCAAGAAGCCACAAACAAGUGUAGCUGAUACGAUCCUGGUUGCUAAUAAGGAGUACCGCUUCCUCAUAUCUCUGCAGAAUCCAUACGACUUUGAACUAGGGGUAGAGUCACUGAAAAUUGCUGCGGAAGGUGUUGAAUUCACUGCGCUAGAAGAACACUUCUUGCUCGGUCCCUACAGAACCCAAAAAUUUCAAAUAGUAGGAAGGGCGCGAUCAUCCGGAACACUGAGAAUUAUUGGCUGCUACGUCAAGCUCAUCGGCUGUCGAGAGCGUCUUUUCUCCAUAUUUCCAGAACCAUGGAAGCCAAAAGGAGAACCUAAAAUGAAGAAAAUAGGUCUCAAAGCAUGUCUAGGAGCGCCAAUGUCACGACCUCUGUCGACGGUCAUUGCUCCUUCCACUGAGCAGAAAACGACUACUGAGCCAAGACCCAAGUCACUGACCUUCACUGUCAUACCCGAACAACCGGUCGUUGUCAUCACUGAUGUAUCCCUGCCUCAGUCGGCAUUGAUGGUGCUAGAAGGGGAGAAGAAACAAUUCACUGUCACUGUGAAGAAUACCUCUGAAACCACGGCUGUCGAUUUUGUACACAUUUCAUUCCACGACUCUGCAACGACAGCAAUUCAAGCAGCCACUUCGAAUAAGGAUUUACCUCCUGCUGAGUUGCACGAGCUGGAAGUCCAGCUUGCGUAUCACCCAUCUUUCCGCUGGUGUAGGACGAUAGAUGAAGAGUCUCUCCGCAUACAGCCUGGGCAAGAGAUGGGCUUCACUAUCGAGAUCGUUGGCCGGACACGCCUAACAGACGCUGUCAUCCAAAUCGACUAUGCGAAUUUAGGGAAACGGCGAUCGGAGGUUGAGGAACAAUUCUUCACUCGGCAAGUCUCUGCUCCAAUAUCGAUCACCGUGAAUGCAAGUGUACAGCUUCAGCGUCCAGACAUUGUUCCUCUUUCUAGAAGCUUCGGUUGGUCUCAUCAGCAGAGCCCCUCCACAUCCCUACCAGCCACCGCAGCCGAGCCUGGGCUAUCUACAAUUAUCCCGUCCGACGAAGCCAAUACCCAUUGGCAGCCUUUCCGGAGUCACAUACAGAGCCAACGAAACGAUGACGAGUACUGUAUGCUCAUUCUAGAUCUUCGCAACUCCUGGCCCAAUCCACUAUCCGUCUCCUUGGAAUUUCAGCGCCCAGGUACAGAAGACGAGGGCCAAGAACAAUCUAGAGACAAAGCAUACGCCGUCAACGAGGUCAUUCAACCUGGCCAUGUCAACAGAAUCGUCAUGGUUUUACCGAAAAUCUAUCUAAAGAACCCGCAUGCCGCUAUCCCAUAUCUUAAUCCUGCAAACCAGCGCCAAUUCGUUGUCAGCACAAGCAAGAUAUCACCAGAGACAGAGCGCGCAAGCAGGGAAGCGUUUUGGUAUCGCCAUGAGCUUUUGAAGCUCGUACGUGGGAUGUGGAAAGAAGAGAGCAAUGGGCGUCAUGGCGACCUAGAACUGCGCGGUAUCCGGUUUUCACCGCGCAUGGUGGAAGCGAUCAAGCUUGAGGAUAUUAUGAUCGAGACGAGCAUCACUUCUGACUACCAAGCAUCAGGUGGCGAAGGUUCUGUGCGGCAGCUUAGUCGCGCCAAGUUCGAGGUCCCGGUCAACGAGUUCUUGACUAUGAAGACGACAAUACGCAACCGUAGCCCGCAUCCUAUCUCACCCAUCCUUAGGCUACAACCUCACCUCGCUGGCCUACCGCAUAACAUUGCCCUCGACCUAGAUAAGCGAUUCUCUUGGACUGGCCUUCUCCAGAAGAAGCUGCCUAUUAUACAUCCUGGUCAGUCUGUAGAGUCUGAGCUCGGCAUAGUCGCGUUAUGCAGUGGUACUUUUGAAAUCGGCGCAACGGUAGGUGAAGUCGAGCUGGUAAAUCCUGAAGGUGAAGAGGAUGGCAAAAGAGCCUGGAAUGAAACGCAGGCCCUGAUGCAAGGAAAUAUUCUGGGUGAGCGGAAGCUACGAAGUUGGCAUAUAAAGGAGCCGUGUGUUAUCCAUGCUUCUAGAUAAUCCACUGUAUUUCAAGCUAUAUAUAUUCAGCAAAGGCACUUCGUCCCUGUCAGCUCCAUGUCAUCACAGUCUGACCGCGUCUACCUUUGCACCCGAG